UUUUUGCAUAGACAUAUAUCAUAUAUAAUAUUUCACAAUGCGUCCUUUGACAUCUGAAGAAACCACAAGUUUAUUCGAAAAACUCGCUAAAUACAUUGGUGCCAACAUUAAGCACUUGAUCGAUCGACCUGACGAAACAUACUGCUUCCGUCUUCAGAAAAACAAAGUUUAUUACCUUAGUGAAUCUAUGAUGCGUAUGGCAGUGAGUGUUGGUCGUGAUCAGCUUGGUUCUGUUGGUGUUUGCUUUGGUAAAUUCACAAAGACCGGCAAAUUCAAGCUUCAUAUCACUGCUCUUGAUCAUUUGGCUCAAUAUGCUCAACACAAGAUUUGGAUUAAACCUAAUGGUGAAAUGCCAUUCUUGUAUGGCAACCAUAUUGUGAAAGCACAUUUAGGUAGAAUUACAGAUGAUACUCCUGAACACACUGGUGUUGUUAUCUUUUCAAUGUCUGAUUCACCAUUGGGCUUUGGUGUGACUGCACGAUCUACAAUGGAAAUGAAGAAACUUCAACCUACAGACAUUAUUGUGUUCCAUCAGGCAGAUGUCGGUGAAUACCUUCGUGAAGAAGAUACAUUGUUUUAAGCUGUACUAUAAUAAACAUAAUAGAGAAAGAAAGAAAGAAAAAGAGGUCGUGCAUUUAAACUUUUUUUGUUGUGGGAUUCAAAUGGAGUUUGUUUGUAGAUCAGUUGUGGAACAUAACAAGGUCUAGAUUUUAUUUACUGCUUCAUUUUUUCAUAUCUUUU